AUCAGUUAUCACCAUGCCAGGAGAGUAACACCCAUUACAUAGCCAAGGACAGGCAGAAGAAUGGGGCGCUUUUUGAUUUACUUUUCUUAUCUUGGAAAUCGUUUCAGUGGACUACAGAGGCAACCAACUCAUAUCAUCAAAGGGAAGAAGAUUUUCACUAUUGAAGGAGCUCUUCAGUCUGCUUUGAAUGCUCUUCGACCUGCCAAUGAAUUUAGGAUUGUUUUGUCAAGUCGGACUGACAAAGGGGUGCACGCUUUGAAAAACAGCUGCCAUGUUGAUCUGCAGUAUCCUGAGCUAGGUAAAGAGUACAGACCUGAUGUGAUUACUCAUGUAAUGAACACCCAGCUGAGCCGUCAAGAGCAAGAUAUCAGAGUCCUUGAAACUAGACGUGUAAGUGAUGAUUUUCACAGUCGACUUCGGGCAAAAGGGAGGAAAUACGUGUACCGUAUAGGACACUCUGUGUGGGAUGGCAGUGAAGGAGACUCAUCCGAUUACCCAGGUCAAGAUGGCAGACAUGGAGGGCCAGACUUGAUACCAGAGUUGCGGAAGUUUGGAUGGAAACGAAGAGGUUUCCUGUACAUCCCACUGGGAGAUAAGGCUACAGCUCUCGAUUCCCACAAAGUUAAAAUAUACAGAGACAAUGUCGACAUCAGCAAACUCAUUGAAGCAGCAGAAGUCUUGUCAGGCAUUCACAAUUUCGCGUCUUUCUCCUCCCCUCCAAAACUGGAUGAGUACAAUCCGCACCCUGUAAAACUGUUGACCAUUGGCGUGAAAAGGGGCCAACCAUUGGCUCACAGACUUCAGAAAAAUGUUCAGCCCCGGUGGAACGACCUCGAGUUUUGGGAUGUUCAUAUACAUGCAAGGUCGUUCCUUUAUAAAAUGGUGCGGAGGUUAGUCAGUGCUAUGGUUCUCCAUGCCAAGAACAAGAUUACCCUUCAUGAUCUGAGGGAUAUCUUAGUGAACCCGAGAAAUGACUUUCCAUUUGCUGGUCAGAUGAGUAUGAGUGAGGCCGGUCUCUUUCUCCAAGAUGUUGAGUACGAUGCUAAAGAUCUGGAAUAUCAUGGGCCACUGACACACCCACAGGAGGGAAAUGAUGACAUCACUAUUCCAAUUGGCAGCGAAUUCCACAACACUUACGUUGAUACUGCAACUUAUAUUGAUACUGCAGAGGGACGUACAUAGAUACAGCGGAUAGACUUGCAUAUAAAUUCAGAGAGACGUACAUUGACACAGGACUGACUGGGAACCCCAAUAGUGCAAAGAAACAUGCCUGGAUACAUUACAGAGGAAGACUUGGCAGAGGACACUUUUCCACGUGAAAAAUCACAAAGUACAGUUGAAUAAAACAGCCACUCAUUGCCGAAGAGUAAAAUGACAGUCCUACUCAGGAUUAUUAUUAUGUAAAAAAAAAA